AUGAAUCUUGAGGUCCCCAAAACUGGGUCCAAGUCAGCCACCUGUGUCACCGGAGGCCCCCGCACCCCACGCAAGGGACCCCUCAAGUUCAAGCAGAGGCAGACCCGUCAGUUCAAGAGCAAGCCUCCCAAGAAGGGAAUCCAGGGAUUUGGUGAUGAUAUCCCUGGAAUGGAGGGCUUAGGCACUGACAUCACCGUCAUUUGCCCAUGGGAGGCAUUUAAUCACCUGGAGCUGAAUGAGCUGGCCAAGUAUGGUAUCAUCUGAGCCUUCCCUGCAAUGUCCCUGCAAUCUCCUGAGGAUAACAGGCCAUGGCCACGCACUUCAAAUCAUCUGCCUCAGGAUCCGACUCGUAGAUUUAAACGGAACUACUCUGAACCAACACCUACAACAAACUGUAACGAACACAAAAAAUGGAAAAAAAGAAAAAAGAUCUACAAAAAAAAACAACAACAACUUUCUGUCCUCUUAUACUAGAGUCUUCUUCUUCUUCUUCUGAUUCUGCUGCUCACACACACACAACCUCUGCUCACGUUUAGCAUCUGUUGAUUUGAUCUUCACUAGAUCUGCACUGCAUCCU